CAUUGUUUGUGAAAUCGUUGCGCCGUUUCUCUGUAGUGUGACACGUCAAGACGUUCUCAGGUCAAGCCGUACGCUCAAUACAGCACAUAAGUACUUCCAUAAACUUUUAGUUGUCGCACUAAACUUGCAAAGCGACGAGCGACAGUCACUUGGUUUUUUCGUCGAUUUUAUCAUGUCUGAUGCUCCGGCUGUUGAGGAGGGUGAGCUGCCCUCUUCCCCCUUAACCGCGGAAGACGAGGAUCUUGAGGAGGGUGAAAUUCUGGAGUCAGACAACGAGGAAAAUGGAGAAAAAGAGGCGAAAAAGUCACCCGAGCCGCCGCCCCGUGUCGGUGGCCAAAAGGAGAAGGAAAAGGAUCGCGAACGCGAGGAAACUUCGCAUCGUAAUACAAGAAAGGGAAUUGAAGUUUGGGCUGACUUCUAUCCAACCAAUCGAUCGGUACCGUCACCACGUGCCAACAGGCAUAGUGAUGACUCCCCCUACUCGGACUCUGAUCCUGAGCGUGAGGAUCGAUCUUAUUCACGCAGUCGACGUGAUAGGUAUGAUGAUGAAAGUCACAACCGUUCACAUGAUAGAGAAAAGAGGCCGUUGUUGAGAGAUGAGAAGACACACGAAUAUUUGAGUAGAAUGAGGAAAGAGGCAUCUAGAGCUCCAAAACCUCAGCCAAGAGUAACUUGCAAGUUUUGGGCGCGUGGUGUUUGUAGAAAGGGUGAUGAAUGCGAGUUUGCACACGAAGGAUCGCGACACAAGAAGAAGGAGUUGUGCAAGUUUUAUUCAACAGGAGUAUGUGUCCGAGGCAGAGAUUGCCUCUUUCUUCAUGAUAUCCUUACAUUCACCUCAAAUCAGUAAUUAAUCAAUCACUUUAUGCAAACUCAUCAACAGUAAACAAACACAACAAACAGUACGCACACUGAAUGAGAAACUGACACUCUAAUGUUAGUGUUCCACUAACAUAAGAACCAGCCAAACUGCGACUGAAAUUUAAUGCAACACUAAGGUAUGAAACCAAUGCAACAAUCUGACUGUAACUGGUAGUGGGUUCAUGCACUUUGGGAAUGUAAUUCUAACUGUAGGUAAUGCACAAAUGCUUGAACACACACACACACACACACACACACACACACACACACACACACACACAAGGUUGUUGGAGGACAGCCAAGAUAAGCAUUGACAUGCCAUGUCAUUACUACAUGCAUGCAUCAGUCUCCAUGUGACCUUGGCCAAACUACAAAACUAGAACUAAAAGUUAUGAUAAUAUGGGAGCAAUGCAUUAUCUCCAAUAUUCCGAUUUGGGAUCUAGAGUCACUGCUUGUUUAGUGUUUGAAAUUUUAUGACAGAAAUAGUCAUCACUUUGGCAACCUCACAAAAUUUUUAGUCAUCAAGGAGUUAAGACUUUUACAAAUAUUUCAUUAAUAUCAAAUAAAUAAACUGAUUGUUGUGGCAAGUAAACAAAAUCCCAGGACUUCAGAGGUGUCACUCCUAAUCUGACCCUGUAAUUUCACUAUCCUACUCUACAGCAUAAAAACAAAAAAUUAUUGGGUCCACCAUAACGUGGGUGACUUUAGUCGUCAGGAUGGCAACCUCACUGGUUGUCACAUGAACUCAGUUAGUUACAACCAUUCAAACACAGUUGUUUCGUAUAUUUUUGUACAAUACUUGAAGCCAUCGAGCAUACACAGAAGUAGACUAGGCAAUCCUGUUGUGACGAAGUCAUACUACAAAAAUCGUGUGAGCUCAACUGCAAUGUGUCUAUGCCCAGUUUGUAUAAUUUGUUGGCACCUUGCUGUACAAGAUGAUCUCUAGAUAUUGUAGUUUCAUUUUACUGGUAGAAGGAUAUUGUAAAUUGUAGAUGAUACCAAGGCAGGAAAAACAAUGAAUAAUGAGUGGCAGUUAUGGUGUUUGAGAGUUAAUUGGCAAACACAUGACAAAAGAAGAGGAAAGAUAGGUACAAACAGAAAGAGUUAAAGCAAUGUUAAUUCACAGGCUGUAGACACUUCAAUCUGUGUGAUGGUUCAGUGUGCCUGCUCUCUAAUCUAAUGCAGAAGUAGAGCACAUACUAGUAUGUACCAUAACGUUUAAUAGGCAAUAAAUGUGGAUGUCAGAAUUAUAACCAGUCUUGCUGGAUUGAAACAACUUGAAAUGAUCAGAAACAACACACUAGGCAAUACACACUAGGCAAUUUUGAUUGGUAAUUGACAUCGCUACACUACUGAUUCAUUACCAUUUAUGUGUUCCUGCAAAGCAGCAACAAACCAGAUACUUUGCUUAUUAACUUGAAAAUAGAUUAAUUGAUAUCACAAACAAUCAGCAGAUGGAAGUAGAAAGGCCACUUGUGAGCAGGUGUGGGUACACUGUGAAACAAAACUGCACACGUGGACAUAAAGAUUUUGAUUUACAGUCCCAAUGAUGGAGCUUUCUGCACUAAAUGGUACAAUAGAGUGACAUACCAGAAAUGUGAAUGCAGAAAUGCAACUACAAAAGCCUCAGAUAUCUUAACAUCCAAAAGAAAGCCUGAAUGCGGCCGACAUAAAUGAGUGAAUCAUGUAUCAUGUUUAUCAGUUGAUUUGGUUGAUUUCUGGCUAGUGUUGCUCUAGAUGGCAAUAGGUCUAAAAUUUCUGUGUAGCUAGAGAGUAUAUAGACGAUCUAUAGGUGUGAGUGAUAGACGAGAGUGCUACAUUGGCCAUUUUGCAUAGACCACACAAAGAAAUGUGAUGCUGUAAGUGUUAACUCGAUUAAUAAGACAUGUUAGGAACACAACAGCCAUUGAACACUUACCUAUCAGUGCUGGGAAUGGAGAAUCUAAAAAAUGGAAUCCGUGAUUGGGUCACACAUUUAAACCUAAAAAUUAGGUAAUGCAUACGAAUACAUCAUGCCUAAUGGAUUACUAUUCAAAAUUUGACCAAAAAUUUUGUUAUUUAUUGAUUUUGAGCAGCUGACAGCACACCUACCGAGUUUACUUAGUCUUGCACAAGCAGUUGUUUCAGGUCUAGACAAUGAAAUGCA